AUGGAUCUUGCUCUGAAUUCUCCUAUGGCCAACAAUGAGCCUACAGUGCCUUUGAACCCGCCGGCUCCUCCUUCCAAGAAACCUUUAUUCUUCACAACCACAGAAGCCGAUGAAAAUUCGAUACCGACAUCAUCAUCAUCAGCCCCAGUUCUUCCUUUUCCCUCGUUGGGGGCUUUUCUCGGCCACAGUACUGGAGAGAAAGAGCGUGCAACUUUACUACCGCCUUUGAAACCAAAGUAUUCGGUGGGAACUCCAAGUUCCUAUAUGUUCUCUCCCAUUCUAGAAAAUAACGAAGAGUUUGCUGUAUUUUUCAAUCCAGCAUUGGCAAGACGGACGACUUCCUUUUUUCAGCCCUUCUCGGACCCCUCCUCAGAGACGAGCCAAUACCAUCAAACACCAAGUACAUCCACAAAGCGGACUGUAUCAACUCUCGUUCUUCCUCGUCGUAUCAAGCGAAAGAAGACUGUGGGCAAGAAGAAUGCAGCAGCACUGAUCGCAUGA